AAGGCAGAGAGAGAGGGAGACACAGAAUCUGAAAGCAGGCUCCAGGCUCUGUCAGCACAGUGCCAGACAUGGGGCUCGAACUUGGAAACGGUGAGACCAUGACCUGAGCCAAAGUUGGAUGCUUAACCGACUGAGCCACCCAGAGCAUGAGUGGGGGAGGGGUAGAGAGAGAGAGAGAGGGAGACACAGAAUCCAGGCUCCAGAUCUGAGCUGUCAGCACAGAGCCCGACACGGGGCUCGACCCCACGAAUUGUGAGAUCAUGACCUGAGCCGAGGUCCGUCACUUAAUGGACUAAGCCACCCAGGGGCCCUGAGAUUGUGGCUCUUUUAAGCCAGACCUAAGGGUUAAGCAACUGUAGACAUACAGAGGGAAAGCACUGGAAGCUGGCAGAAGUUGAGGAUAUGAUACUCAAAAGACAGGACUGAUGUCAGCCCCUCAGCUGUGACUGCUACACAAACCCAGAGGGACUCUACUGAGAUCACUGUCUGUGGAAGCUCCUCGAUUUCUAGGUGGAGGGGCCUGGGGAGGGGUCCUCCUUCUGCAAAGGGGGCUUGAAGCUAUGUUGGCCCUCACUCUACACAAGUUAUUGAGCGGGGUUGACUAAAGCCCUCUGAGACACACGCAUCUGGAUACAUGUUUCUCUGAUGACCCUUCUUGCAUGGAUCUGGCCUCCCCCCACCCCGACCCCCUCAGAUCCCACCUGUUUGAGGAUCGGCACAUCACGGCCGCUUUGCCAUCGCACACCCACCACGGGCAAAUAACAAACAGCUCACCAAUCCAGAACAUAAAGAUCAUUUCUACGCAAGGAAAUUCUUUACAUUAAAAAUCCAACGACUACACUUUUAAAAACAUAACAAUGUUUCUCUUUUAAAAGAAAAUUGACUUCAUUUUCCUCUUUGAUCUAGCAGACAGCAAACCUUCCUAGCUUUCAGUUUGGGGAAGUGACUACGAGUCACUUUCUGCUCACUUCUAUCAGAAAAAAAAAAAAAAAAACCCACUUGAACUCAGCGUAGAUGGGUGAGGGACAGAGCUGACACUCACAGGAAGCCACGUGCCUUCAAAGGCAACCUUCUUAGCGCUCAGCUUCUCGCACAAGCCUGGCACUGACUCACGGACCUUGCCCAGAGCCACUGUCGGACAAGCAAGAGAUCGCGUCUGCUCUUCCCUCAUUAGCUUCUGGUUGGGCUCAGACCUGCGUCGAGGAGCCUGGAGAUUUGAAAAUGAACCCCACGGACACAGCAGACACCACCAUGGAUGAAAGCAUCUAUCACAAUUACUAUCUCUAUGAAAACAUCCCCAAGCCUUGCACCAAAGAAGGCGUCAAGGCGUUUGGGGGGCUCUUCCUGCCCCCUCUCUACUCCUUGGUCUUUCUGUUCGGUCUCCUGGGCAAUUCUGUGGUAGUUUUGGUCUUGUUCAAGUACAAGAGGCUCAAGUCCAUGACUGACGUGUACCUGCUCAACCUCGCCAUCUCAGACCUGCUCUUCGUGUUCUCCCUCCCUUUCUGGGGCUACUAUGCUGCAGACCAGUGGGUUUUUGGACUGGGUCUCUGCAAGAUUAUUUCCUGGAUGUACUUGGUGGGCUUUUACAGUGGCAUCUUCUUCGUCAUGCUCAUGAGCAUCGACAGAUACCUGGCGAUAGUGCACGCGGUGUUUUCCUUGAGAGCGAGGACCUUGACUUACGGGGUCAUCACCAGCUUGGCCACGUGGUCCGUGGCCGUGCUGGCCUCUCUUCCAGGCUUCUUAUUCAGCACCUGUUACACGGAGCGCAACCACACCUACUGCAAAACCAAGUACUCUCUCAACUCCACGAGGUGGAAGGUGCUGAGCUCCCUGGAGAUCAACAUUCUGGGAUUGGUGAUCCCCUUGGGCACCAUGCUGUUCUGCUACUCCAUGAUCAUCAGGACCCUGCAGCACUGCAAAAACGAGAAGAAAAGCAAGGCGGUGAGGAUGGUCUUUGCCGUGGUGGCCCUCUUCCUGGGUUUCUGGGCGCCUUACAACGUGGUGCUCUUCCUGGAGACCCUGGUGGAGCUGGAGGUCCUUCAGGAUUGCACCUUUGAGAGGCACCUGGACUAUGCCAUUCAGGCCACGGAGACCCUGGCUUUCGUUCACUGCUGCCUCAACCCGGUCAUCUACUUCUUCCUCGGGGAGAAAUUCCGCAAGUACCUCGUACAGCUCUUCAAAUCCUGCCGGGGCCCCUUCGUGCCCUGUCAAUACUGCAGGAUCCUCCAGCUCUACUCCCCCGACACUCCCAGCUCGUCCUACACGCAGUCCACCGGCGACCACGAUCUCCACGAUGCUCUGUGAGCAACGAAGAGGCGCAAGUCGGAGCGAAGCCUCCCAAAGGAAGAGCUUACUUAAACCUGUAUUAUAGUAAGAGUUCCUGAGCCAGUGGCGGGAGGACUUCCGUCCACUGCCGAGCGUGGGCCUCUCACCCCACGGUCAGCUCCUCCUCUUGCCAUCUGCGAGUGUGGGGGGCGAGAGCACACCGGGCCCCCGCAUCCCCCCCCCCAGGCUUGCCUGCAGGGCUGAGUAAGCAGAAGGAGGAUUCUGACCCGCAUCUCAGCGAGGUUACACAGAACACUGUGCGGGAAGGACCAUUCGUUCCCCUCUAACCUGCACUGAUGGAGCUCUCUAGGGGGACCCGCGCAGAACUCAAUGGUGGAGUCUAUCGCUCCUUCUUGCUAUGAAAAAUGGGCCCUUUAAUUACUUUCUAGCUUUUGUGGAACGAUAUAGAAAACUUUGACACGCUGUCCUAGGGUUUUUCUAAUAAUAUAGCUGAAGGAUGGUGGAUCCCCUGGAGCCGGGUGUGUGCAGAAACAGAUAGUGAAGUAAUGAACCUCUGUCUUGAUUCUUUUACCUUAAAGGAUUAUUUGUGAAUGGAAGCCAAACUUUCGAUGCUGAUUCCAAGUGUGAGGAUGUGGUGCAAAGGCAUUAGCGAGGUCUGAUGUCCAAACGUGAAAUACAAGGCAUUAAAAAAUCCAAACAUAGUUGUGGAAAUUCAAACAUACUUUCAUACGCUUAUGGGCACGUUUUGUGUUUGUGGUAACAGAUGAUAUCCGCAUUUCACAUAAUACAUAGGUGCAGAUACAGGCAUUUGGGGGCUUUUAACUUGUUUACAAACAGAGCCUUCAAAACUAAAAAUAACAAGGGCUAAUAAAGUAUGACAGUGAAGUGCCUGCAGUCAAGGGAGGCAAGAAUAAGCAACUAAAAGCUGUUACUGAUGUGGCAUAAAGAGGAGUGUCAAGCAUCUACGAAGUUGUGAAAAACGUCAUCCUCUCUUUUAAAAUACCGGCCUCCUUCUUAACUUUUGGACGACUCAAAAUUUCACUGAGUCAUUUCUCACAAGUCAUUUUAAUCAUGUAGUUAAUCGUUUGACACCGUUAAGUUAAAUCUCUGUUCUUACAGACUUAGUUAAUCAGAAUUAAGACUUUAAUCAAGUUGGGAGAGACCUACAGUCCCUCGCAAAACAAAAACCUGUCUUGCAAACUAUUCACCGAGUCACCGGUUGCAAAUGCUUCUGUAAGUUCACACCUUGUUACAUGCUCUACCUGUAUAAAGGGUGCAUUUCCAAAAAGUGUGUUUUUAAAACAGGGAUUUUAAAGGGGGAAGUCGAUGGGCGCCUGGGUGGCUCAGUCGGUUAAGCGUCCGACUUCAGCCAGGUCACGAUCUCGCGGUCCGUGAGUUCGAGCCCCGCGUCGGGCUCUGGGCUGAUGGCUCAGAGCCUGGAGCCUGUUUCCGAUUCUGUGUCUCCCUCUCUCUCCGCCCCUCCCCCGUUCAUGCUCUGUCUCUCUCUGUCCCAAAAAUAAAUAAACGUUGAAAAAAAAAAUUAAAAAAAAAAA